GUAUUAAAUUCAGCAAAUGUUUAUUUUUUUUUUUUAAAUAUCAAAACAAGAUCAAUAACGUAUAGAUUUGCUGUAAAAUGACAAAAUCACUUGUCCGCGCGAGUUUGGAAUUAAUAAAUAUAAAUGAUGAUAUAAAAAAAGAUAAAAAAAAGAAGAAGAAAUCUGGUGACAUUUUAAAUCUGAUUCCUGCUAAUCAUCGCGUUAGCAAAAAAAAUAAAUCAGGGUCAAUUAUUUUUACGCAUAAUCGCAAACUGACUGUAGCCGAAGCGCGAAAAAAAUUAGCUGAUAAAAAAGAUCCUACUGAAGAUAACAUUGAAAAAUUAUUGUUACUCAGCAAUUAUUCCGUUGAUUCCGAUACAGCUGCGAAGUUAUUUGAACGCGCAGUGAAGAAACGUCCAGUUUUAGAAGCAGAGAAGCCCAAAGAAGAAGAGCGCACCGCGUUUACCGAAGAAGAUUUCGCUAAAUUUGAAGCCGAGUUCAUGGGAUAAAGUUGCGAUGCUGAACAGUG